AUGGCCGAAACCAACCACGUGGAGGUGCCACAUGACGACUCCCCUGAACCAUCAGACUCCUCCGCGCACCAGGCGAGACUCACGCCGCUCUCCGGCUUCCCUCACCCGGACUCCGCGGAGCCGCUGAGCCCGCUCUUUCACCUGGGGACUCUGCUGGCUGGACGCGACCCGCCGGGGACCGGAUGGGACAGGAGGUCCAACACUGGACUGGAGUUUGGUGGGAGCAGAGACACCAGACGAGAAGCUCAUGAGGACCAAACGGUCGUCAUCCUUCAUGCCAAAGUGGCACAGAAGUCGUACGGGAACGAGAAGAGGUUCUUCUGUCCUCCUCCAUGCGUCUACAUCCGAGGUCCCGGCUGGAGGAUCUCACAGGAGCACUUGAGUGUGUCAGGCGACACAGUCCAGCGAGUGUCGGGCUACAUGUGUCUGGACAGCUGUGGCCAGUCUCAGUCCGAGUCCUUCAAGCUGGUGUUUGAUGAGCAACCGGACUCUCGGCAGGCCUUUGCCUGCUCCAAGUCCCUCUUCAUCUCGGACCAGGACAAAAGGAAACACUUCCGGCUGCUGCUGCAGCUCUUCCUCGGAAGCAGACAGGAAGUGGGGACGUUCCAGAGCCGGAUGAUCAAGGUCAUCUCCAAACCUUCCCAGAAAAGACAGUCCAUGAAGAACGCUGACCUCUGCAUCUCGUCCGGCUCCAGAGUGGCUCUGUUCAAUCGCCUUCGCUCACAGACGGUCAGCACUCGCUACCUCUCGGUGGACGGCCACGCCUUCAUCGCCAGCUCCCGACAGUGGACGCCGCUCGCCAUCACGCUCGUGCCAGAGCAGCGCGAGGAUCAAGGGAACUUUGUGCUCAGCGAAGGCUUCAUCUGCUACGGGUGUGUGGUCCAGUUGGUGUGUACCGAGUCAGGAGUCUCCCUGCCGCCACUGGUGAUCCGUAAGGUGAACAAGCAACACGCCAUCCUGGAUGUGGAUGAGCCCGUGUCUCAGCUGCACAAGUGCGCCUUCGAGUUCCGGGACACGCCAGGUGUCUACUUGUGCCUGUGCAACGACUCCAUCGUCCGCCAUCAGACCUCGUCCAGAGAACCCAGCCGGGCUGUCCUGAACGACGGUUCCUGCUGGACCAUCAUUGGAGUUGAAGCAGUGGAGUUCACCUUCAACCAGGGGCCCACCUGCAUCGAGACCCCCAUUAGCCCUUUCCCAGUUGUCUCCAGUCUGGAGGUGAGCGGAGGAGGUCACGUCGCCACACUGGAGCUGAUCGGGGAGAACUUCACUCCUCACCUGUCCGUCUGGUUCGGCAACUGUGAAGCUGAGACCUUGUUCAAGUCCUCCAGGGCUCUGCUCUGCGUGGUCCCUGACGUGUCCGUCUUGAGCAGCAUCUCGCUGCGCCGCGUCCUGACCGUGCCGUUGACCCUCAUCCGUGCGGACGGCCUGAUCUACCGGACGACCUUCAGCUUCACCUUCACGCCAGAGCUGCUGCCACCGACUCCCGCUCAGACCAACCUGAGUUCAGAGGAGCGUAGAGAGGGGGCCCAGGAGGAUGACGUCCUGCUGGAGACCAUCCACCAGGAGUUCACUCGAGCAAACUACCACCUCUUCAUGCAGAGCUAGACCCCUGGACAGGCCACUGACCACUGCUCUGAGACCUGUGCUGAACUUUAGCUUUGUGGAACAUCAGCUGUGUUUGCAGAGAGCAUGUGACAGCUGUGUGAGCACCGCUGCCAUUUCAUGUUGUAACUUAUUUAAAUUUUAUAUUCAUGACCAGUGGAGGCCAGUCAACUGUGUCUGGAUAUGAGUGAGAUUCAGCUACAUCAGUUUUUCAUCAUCACUUCUAGUUAUAAGUGAUACACAGACAUGAGCUACUUGAGCUACAUCAGCACAUCUCCUACAUUAGCGCUUCAGCUACAUUGGCACUUGAGAUAAAUGGCCACUUCAGUCACAUUAGCUAUCAGCUAGUGUAACUCCUCUGCUACAUUAGUGCUUCAGCUUAAUUUCCACAUCAGAUUCAUGACUGCUUCAGUUAUAUUAGCACGCAAGCUACAGUAGCCCUUUGGCAGAUGUACUGAUGGGACAGAUCGUGUUGCUGUCCCAAGGGUGAUGUGAUGUAUGUGAUGAUGUAAACCGAAAUUAAUACACUUUCA